CCCCUCUCCCUCGCAGCGCGGAACGGACACGCAGGGAUCGUUAGCCUGCUCCUCGCCGCCGACGACGGCGGCGAGAAAGUCGAUCCCAACCACCGCGAGGAAGACUGGUCCGGCCAAACGGCGCUGCUCUCCGCGGUGGAAAACGGCCACACGGAGGUCGUGCGCCUCUUGCUGGCGACCCCGGGCGUGGACGCCAACCUCGAAGACUGGGAUUUCCAGAGCCCACUGCUGCUUGCGGCGCGCAACGGCCAUGACGCCGUCGUCGAGAUCCUGCGCGCGCACGAGGGGCUCAACGAUCCUAAUGUCCCGAACGAGUGGGGGGAGACGCCGCUGCUCGUCGCCGCGGAACUGGGGUAUGAGGCGGUCGUGCGGCGGCUGCUGGGCUGGGCGAGGACUCAGCCUGACACGCCGAAUCUGCGGGGAGAGACUCCCCUGAUGGUGGCCGCCGAGCGGGGGUAUACGGCAAUCGUCGCGGCGCUCCUGGCGACGCAUCGCGUGGAUGCGAGCAGGAAGGAUGUAGACGGGAACUCGCCGCUCCUGUGGGCGGCGCGGAAUGGUCACUGUUCCGUGGUGAAGCUGCUCUGCGCGGAAAGGCACGUCGACCCAAAUGAUGCGGGGGCUGGUCGAUGCACGCCUCUCGCGUGGGCUUCGCGGAAUGGUCAUCUGGAGAUCGUUGAGUUCCUGCUCUCCGUUGACGGCGUGGACCCAGAUUCCAAGAACUCGGAUGGACGAACGCCGCUUUCUUUAGCAGCGGAGUCGGGACAUGAGGCUGUCGUCGAAUUGCUGCUCACAACGCCGGGUAUCGAUGCGACUUCCGCUGAUUCUAAAGACCGCACGAGCUUCUGGUGGGCUGCGCAGGCUGGAAAUGAGAACGUGAUUCGAGCUCUCAUCGCACUGACGCAGAAGGUAUCCCCGGAUACCCCAGACUCAAACGGCGAGACGCCGUUACUGUGUGCCGCGCGAAACGGGCACAAUGCGUUGGUACGGCUCUUGCUUGCAACCAAGGGGAUAGAUCCAACUUCCCAAGACUCUCAGGGCAGAACAGUCCUUUGGUGGGAGGUGUUUCACGGACAUGAAGAUGUAGUUACAGGGCUGCUCGCCAUGGAGGGAGUGAAUCCUGAUACCGCGGGACCACACGGACAGACGCCCCUGCUGUAUGCCGCAGAACAUGGGCAAGAGACCAUCGUCAAGCUCCUGCUAGCCACCAACAGAGUAAAUCCCGAAGCACAGAAUUCCAAUCAAGAGACCCCGUUGUGGUGGGCCGCGCGGAACGGACAUGGGACAAUUGUCACGUUGCUGCUCACGCAGGGUGCGAACCCUGAAUCUCGAAGCUUGAGUGGCGAGACUCCCUUGUUCUGGGCAGCACAGAAUGGUCACGCUGCCGUGGUGAAGCUUCUGCUCCAGAAAGGGGCAGACCCGGAUGGUGGCCUAACUGAAGACGGGGAAACGCCCUUGUGGUGGGCUGCCCGAAACGGACACGAAGCAGUGGCCAAACUUCUGCUUGCGACAGAGAGUGUGAAUGUCAACUAUCAAGACUCGAUGGGGGAGACGCCGCUUUGGUGGGAAGCACGCAACGGGCACGCAGAAGUGGUUCGACUGCUGCUGGCUAAGGGAGCCCGUCCAGAUGUGCCCAAUUCGGAUGGUCAGACGCCUCUGUCCUGUGCGGCAGAAUUCGGCUACGACGCAGUGGUCAGACUGCUGCAAGCUCAUGAUGCAAGAUCGGAUGCUAUGUAG